AUGUCUCUCCCAAUCAAUAGGGGUAUCUUCGUUGGAGAUAAUGAAGAGGUUUCGAUCCGAGAUCUUGGAGACGCCUACAGGCCUGUUGGAAGUCAAGCUCUUGUAAAAGUGAAAUACUCGGCUAUCAAUCCAGAAGAUCUCAAACAUUCCUACGUUGGUUUGAGCGGCUCUAUCACUGGUUAUGACUGGGUUGGCACUGUGGUAGAGAUUGGGAACUCUUCCUCCUUCACAGUUGGGCAACAAUUGUUUGGGGGAGUUAUUCCUGCAAGCCAGCGACCAUUGCAUACUGGUGCACAUCAGAAUUAUCUGAUCAUUGAUGGAUCUAAGGCCGCAUGGCCCGUUCCCAAAGGAAUGAGUGAAGAAGUUGCCGCAACUCUCCCCGUCGCUGUAGAGAGUGCUGCUGAUUUAAUCUUCAACGUCAAUGGCUUUGGUCUUCCCGCGGCCGGUAUUGACGGCCAAGAUGCAUCUGGCGUCCCGAUCCUCAUUUGGGGAGGUGCCUCAGGUGUUGGAGCUGCGGCGAUCCAAGUUGCAAAGGCCGCAGGAUUUGAACCCAUUUUUGUCACUGCGUCUCCCAAGAACCACGAACGGCUGUUGAGAGCCGGGGCUUCAGGUGCCUUCGACUAUAAUAGCCCUACAGUCGUCGAAGAGAUCCGAAAGGCUGUGGCGGAAAGUGGCAAGAAGCUUACUGUUGCGAUUGAGACUAUUUGCAAUGGAACAACAAUACUUGGGAAGCCCCUUGAGAAAAACAAUACCCCCGAUCUCGCGAAAGCUUGUAUGUCCAAUAAUGUCCAAGCAGAGGAUAUGCGGCUCGCUUCUGUCCUUCCAGUUCCACAUGACACAGACUGGAAAGAAGGCUAUGCCCUGCGUCCCUCCGGGAAUAUCAAUUGGCUUGGCUCUGCUCAGGAUCCUGUGUUCCCAGUCAGGACCAAGAAGUUUAUGGACUGGUUUGUCGUCAAUCAUGAGCUGGUUUGGAAGCCCAUACUCCGGACUCCUAUUGUUGAAGGAGCCGAGAAGGCUAUUGAAGAGAUUAGACGUGUAGCUCGAGGGGGCGCAUCGAUGGAAAAGGUUCUGAUUGCGCGUCCUCUAUGA